UCUCAUCACUUCGACAGGCUGGACACAUCAUCUCACGCUCCGGGAAUGGGAACUUUACUGGGUUCAAAGAAAAACUUUGAGUUCUUCCGCAUUUACGCUCUACAGAGGCUACUUUUCAAAUUGCAGGGAUAGUUGUCACUGCAGGUACGGAGUGCCAGCAACCAGGGCCACUGGCCAAUGCCUUCCGAGACGCACCAGACGUUGUAAGGAAUGUUUUAGACGCAAGGAAUCGGCUUAACACCACGAAGUAGGCUGACUGAAUUUUACGAUUAGGAAAUACUUUUCAGUAAUUUCAGGCUAACUUCAACCGAGGCGUGCGUAAAAUAUUUGUGCGUAAAGUUGGAGCUGACGCGCACGGUCCAAAGUUAGUUGCAGUGGGGCAGCUAAUGCAAGUACGUACAAAAGACAACCAGUUUGUUAACUUUUAAGCCUGUGUUAAUACCUUGACAGCCAUGGCAAGAUGGUUCAGAGAUUUCCCCAACCUAAAGAACGGAAAUGAACGGGUCCGCUCGGCCUCUGAAUCUGGUCCACAAACUCGCCUCAAACCCUCGUUUUCUCGUGACAGCCUGAAAGGGGGUUUACUGGCAGGGAGAAAUAGGAAAAAUUCGGCUACAGAAUUGGGUCGUAACAAUGCUGGUUCUGGUGGGACAGUCUGGGAUACUCUCACACCUGGAAAAGGUCGCAAAAACUCCAAGCUCGAGACUGGCACGUCAGAUGAGAACCGUCAUGUUAGGACCUCUAGUUUGGCGCAAGCGUACAUCAGCAGGAUGAUCAAGGUGGACAAACAAGACAAGACCCCCAAACUCAACGGGAUAAGCGAACAGAAGCAGCCCGAGAACGAAAAAGGGAGGCCUGACAUCAAAACAACACUGAUUAUCCUGGAGGACUACGCAGAUCCUUUUGAUGCAGAGAAAACCAAGGAGCAGAGGGAGGCUGAGAGAGCAGGAGUGAAUGAUGGCUACAUGGAGCCUUAUGACGCCCAGGUCAUCAUCACAGAGGUCCGUAGACGUGGCUCCAAAGACCUCCUGAAAGUGUGUGUUCUGCUGGACAGAGGCAAGAGGGAGGGGAAGGGGGACGAGGGAAAACCCACACCCCCAAACAUCUACGACACACCGUAUGAGGGCGGCCUGGAAGGCGACAGUGGGGGGGUGUGGAUCCCUGUCACACGGCCAGAGUCUGACAUCCGUCCCGCCGGAGAGUAUGAACUGCCCUGGGAGUGGAGAAAGGAGGACAUUGUUAGAGCGCUGUCAGCUCAGUUCGAGGCAGUGGAUUGUUCUCCCACUAAAGAGAACGGUUCAAGUUCCACCCGCCAGCAGCAGCAGCAGCAGCAGCAGCAGCACACCCUGAGGCAGAAGAACUGGAACCAUAAAAUACUCGUGCCAUCUUCUCCAUCCUCCUCUUCCUCUCCCUCCUUUCCCUCCUCUCCUAUUCUCAAACUCUCCCCUCUCUCGCCCCCAUCUCCCUCUUUCCCCACCCUAAAACUCUCACCCCUCUCACCCUCUUCUAGUCCCAACAAACUUUCCCCUCCGUCUCCUACCUCCCUCAGUGCCCCAUUGGAUGGGGAGGCAGUCAAAGUGGACCCCAGCCUGCCCCUGGAGAAGCAGAGCUGGUACCAUGGCAGUGUGAGCCGGCAACAGGCGGAAGCUCAGCUGCAGCGCUGCAGGGAAGCCAGCUUCCUGGUGAGGGACAGCGAAUCAGGAACCAGCAAGUACUCCAUCGCUCUGAAGACCAGUCAGAGUUGUGUGCACAUCAUUGUGGCCCAGACGAAGAGCGUUAAGGGUUUGGGCUUCACACUGGAUCAGAGUAGCUGUGUCUUCUCCAGCAUCCCUGAGCUGGUCCACCACUACUGCACGCACAGACUGCCCUUCACUGGAGCAGAGCAUAUGACCCUGCAGCAUCCUGUGGCCAGGCCGCACUGAUUACAUACGUAAAGGACGAGCAAACACGCUGGGACAUAAAUACAUAUGCGCAUACAUGUAUUACACAUGUAUGCACAAAUGCACACAGACACGCACAUUAACUUGUCAAUACAUGUGUGCACACACAUACUCAAAGAUAUGCUGCUUAGGAUCGUCCUGCGUACCACCUUGUUAAUUUCAUAUGUUUGUAUCUCUUACAUGCGCUACAAUGAUCAAAGCCAUACAUUACAAUAACCAUUGAUGACAUUGUUAUAGUAGUAUUUGUUCCCAGUCUAAACACCCUACUGAAUGUAUUCAUAGUUACAGGAAAACCAUCCCUUCUUCCCCAGCAUGGUGUCUUUGUUUGCCCCAUUUUCUUGUCCAUCUGCCCUGCAGGCAUGAUGCUGUUUUGGCCAUGCAGUAUUGUUGAUUUCUAUAAUACCUGAAACAAUGCACAUGAAGCCCUGCACUUGUAACCAAGCGGAUAUCUGAUUUAAGUGGAGAGGUUUGUAAUCUCCUCUUAGACAGAGGUGCCUGAUGAAUUAGCUCCAUGCCAAACCAGUUAGGCUCCGUCUGUGAGGUCAAUACAUCUGAUUAGAUCUAUCCUGAAAAUCAGGCUCAUUUGCCAACCACUGUCUGUCAAGAGAAAGAGCUUUAUUGAUUUGGCGUUUAGAACUAGUGAAGUGGGAGGUGUCUUAUAACUUUACAGUAGUCAGCAAAAUAGUUUGAGUGUGUGUGUAAGUGUGCAAAAUAAAUAUGUGAAUUUCCAUUCAUGUGCCUUCACUGUAAUCUAAAUGAGGCUGUGAUUAAAAAGCUAUCUUACUUUAUUGUGAAUGAACUGAAAACGUAACCCUGAAAUGUAUCUACUGUUUGCAUAAAUGAUGUGUGUAUGAAGUGAUUGUUGGAUAUUGUCUCGUUUUUUACAUCUACCGCACAAUGAUGUGGGUUGUAAAUUAUUGUUGUAAGGCUUUUAUUCAGUAAGGAAAAUAAAUUCAUAUUAACUGUG